CAAAACAACAUCGACUCUGCCCUUUCGCGUCAGCGCACGUUAAAAUGGAAUUCUUGGUAAUCGAUUAGAGCGAACACGAAAUCCUCAGUGGCGCGCGUCCUCUCUCUCUCGACACCUACCGCUUUCCUCUGUCAAACACGCAGCCAUUUUUGUCCUCUUCAGGAGAUCUCCAACACUCUCUUCCGUAAAUAUUCUCCUCUCUUCUUCUCUUGGGUCUCGGAAUGUACUAAUCUCUCAUGCAUGAUCCCAAACCAAGCCAUAUCUAGCCACAAAGAACCACACGCUUAUAUCUACGCCAUUGCUAUAUCUUCUCAUGGUAACUGGUCGCAAAAGCCCUUUAAAUCCGAGAGUUCUCAUUGUUGGUAACUACUGCCACGACGUCCUGAUACGGGAUGGAGAUGUACUGGCCGAGACCCUCGGCGGCGCCGCCUCUUUCAUUUCCAACGUGUUCGAUGGCCUUUCGAUUCGUUGUAAUUUGAUAUCGAAGGUUGGGCAGGAUUUCAAGUACCAAGCCAAGGUAAGUCAUGGGGCAAUUGUGGUACCCAGCUCGGAAACGACUAUGUUUCACGCGUAUUUUGAUCUGGGUUUGGGAGGGAAUGGAAGAGAAGACCGGGUGCUGAAACGGGUUAGCGCUUGUGAGCCUAUUACGCCGAUGGAUCUCCCCGACACGAGGUUCGAUUUCGGGAUGGCUGUUGGGGUUGGUGGGGAGAUAUUGCCUGAGACGCUAGAGAGAAUGCUUGAGAUCUGUCGCGUGGUUUUUGUUGAUAUUCAAGCCUUGAUUCGGGUUUUUGGCCGCGAUGAUGGGGCUGUAAAUUUGGUGAAUUUGAAAGAGAGUGGGUUUUAUCCGCUACUUCCGCGAAUUGGGGUCCUGAAAGCUUCGACAGAGGAGGCAGUGUUUGUGGACGUCGAAGAGAUUAGGAAGUGGUGCUGUGUGGUUGUGACGAACGGGAAGGAGGGUUGUAAGGUGUAUUGGAGUGACGGUGAAUUGCAGAUUGCACCAUUUCUAGCAAAUCAGCGGGAUCCUACGGGUGCAGGGGAUAGUUUCCUUGGUGGUUUUGUGGCAGGCCUGGUUCAAGGACUAUCGGUUCCUGAUGCUGCUUUGCUUGGGAAUUUUUUGGGUUCCCUCACUGUUGAGCAGAUUGGACUGCCGAAGUUCGACUUAAGGAUUUUACAGAGAGUUAGAGAUGAGGUACAGAGAAGGAAGAUGCAGUGCUCCAGCUAUUGCUAUGAAAGAAGUGACGGUGAAUUGAAGUUCUCAAAGCCUUUAGGACAUGAACAAUUCCAUGCAUCUCUUGGUACAGCCAAACUACCAUAUCUACAGACCGUUCAAGAAUGCCGCUGCGAUCUGCCACGUUCUCCCAAUUCUGUAGAGCAAAGUCUCCCCAACCAAUAUACUGGGCAUCCUAAAUUGCUGCCUACCCCUUUCCACGAAGAACCUGUUCGAACAAUUGACAAUGAACCAUGACAAGGUUAGAGGCCCCACCGAGCUUUCUUUUAUUCUUCUUUGCGGGAAAAAGAAAGUUGUUCGACUCAAUAAUUAGUACGUAAAUUAACUGCGAAUAAAAGAUUUUGAUGUCUUCUAGAGGAAGAAAGCUAAGCAAAUGGCUGUUUUGGAUUCUUUUAUUCCUUUUUUAAAUUGGAUUUUGCAGUCACAGGUUGUGCCGCAUUGAGCGUGGAAUCAAAAGUGUUGGAAAGUAGCAUAUGAAGUGAAAGAAAUAAAGAAGAAGAAAAGUGUUUAUUAGGAUCAAUGGUGUAAAACCUCUGUUUGGUCUAUUCACUAUAUGCUGAACUAAUAUGAUAAAUCAUAUUUGAUAAAUCUAUUGCACCCA